AUGGGUAUAGAGGUGUAUUGUGGAUCAGUUCCCGUAAGCUAUUUUGACCCGUUUGACCUAUUCGAGAGCCUAAAGCCAGAGUUCCAGCAGAUCUUACCGUUAGACAAUGUACACUGGAAAGCUCCAAAUGGAACUGUACGAACAGUUAACAAGCUGCCAAUUGAAUUGAUUCCGGAAGAUAGAGGGGAUGGGGAAAAACCUAAUACUGAACAACCGUUUCUCAGAUUCCUUAUAGUAAACUGUAUUUCGAUUGACCAGUAUAGAGCAAAAGUACGCCCUCUAGUGAGGCAAUGGUUACCAAGCCUGGAAUCAGUAUCCUCAUCGACAGGAGAGAAAAUGAUAUAUAAGCCCAUUAUUCUGCUGUAUGCUAAUUCCGAAGUGGUAGAUUCUAACCUAUUCAAAUCUGUAUCUCUAAUGGAAAAAUUUGGUAAAGAUUUUCCGCAUAUACAAACUCUGGAAGUUCGAUCUGUCUAUAGGUCUCCGAAGGAUAGACAGGAGUUUUGGAACCAGUUUAGCCAACAAAUAAAGGCUUCGGUGUUGGUCAUCUUCCAGCAACGAUUGACACAUUUACAGCGUUCGUUGGCUACUCUGCAAAAGGGAAAUGAUUUUGAAGAGCAACUUUUAACAAGAGAAAAACUGUAUGAGCUGUAUGUAGCGUUUAAUAUUCUAGAAGACGCCAACCUAGAACUACAAAAAAUUAAAAGGGAGAUACUUCACAGGAACAUGAACAUGCCGGAUGGGCAACUUCAAAUACCAUUUGAGUCGUCCUCUAAGUCGGAUGAAUCUUUAAGUUCUAUAAUAAUUGAAGGUACCCUAGAUAAAUUUCAGCUGCAUAGGUAUUUUUUCAUUAGAAGGCUAAGACUUUUGAGAUUAGAGGAACAAACUUUAGCCGCGUUUGUGGGUGCAUAUCAACUAAUAAAGAACUUUAUUGAAUCUGUGUCAAUAGAAUACAAAAAAUCUGCGAGAUUAUUAGAGUUUAAGCAUAGUUUUUUAAACUCGAUGUUAUCAUAUUUUCCACGUGAGAACAUUGGCAAUGCGAUAUUGUGUGAGAUUAAAGCUGAAUUAUUGAUGUUAAAGCGCGAUAACUGGAUACAAGGUGUUAUGAUAGCGAGUGAUUUUAGGUUAAUGGACAAGUCUUGUCCAAAUACAGGUGUACCAUAUAAGUUUGAUCUGUUGAAGGAAACGUUUUCCGAUGAAAUAACCUUUCAAGAUAACUUCCUUAGUCUCACCAAAGAAAUCCUUUCUCUUUUCAACAUGUGUGAAGGUAAGCGCCAGAGGAUAGUUGAUAUAUUAUCCAUAGAGAUUGGGUUGCUUUACCACCAAAGAAAAGAAUAUGAACAGGCUGUUUCCCUUUUCCUUUCGUGUUAUGAAUAUUAUACUCAAACGAACUGGAAUGUCAUUGGUCUCAAAAUCUUGCAAGUUUUUAUAGACUCCUUAACACACUGCCCCGAGUUAGAAAUCUUAAAGAUUGAUGGAGAAUCGAUUUCUGCAUCGACUAUCCUAAGUAAUGCAUUUCUCAACAUAUUAAAGUUGUGCAAAGAUGAUAUUGACAAGGAAGCUUGGUGGAAAAAGUUCAUCGAUUUACAGCUGAAAAAUCAGGCCGACCUGAUUUAUCCUUUGGAUGGGCUGUUUGAAGUAAAUUUGAUUCCCAAGGUUGACAUCACAAGGGCAAAUGUUUAUGGCCUUGAAGUUGAUUUGAAGAAUUAUGGAUUUCCUGAAGACAUUAGUACAAAGGCCAUGAAAUUGACUUUAAAAAAUAUAAUGGGUGAUAUCAUUAUAUUUGAAACAGGUAAUAUUCUUUUGAAAAAAGGAAAAAAUAGGCCGGUAUUAGAAUGUAAAGGUAUCAUGUAUGGCGAAUUUUCUCCUCUGUCUUUUCAAAUUACUGUUGGAGGAAUUACUUUUGUUAAGGAUUUUCUAGAAACUCAAGAUGAAACUGUUGUAAUUCCGGAAUUGUACUGUAAAGAAAAUACCAAGGUCUUGAUCAAUCAGGCGCGUGACUUGAACCUGGGGGAAUAUGCACUUGAAUUAACAAGUGUGUGCCGUAAUCAUUUAGAAUCAUUACAAGUCGAGAUUGAAGUCCAAAAAAGCGCGAGUAACGUGAAGAAUGUACCUAUCAGUUUUUCUGUGGAUGAAAUUCAAGUCAAGAGGAGAUUCAAUAACUUGAUUGAGAACACCAGAGUGGAGUAUUAUUUAUUAGAUCAAACAACGGCUUUCGAUUUAGUAGUCAAAACAUCAUUCACCAAAAAAAAUAAACAAGACGUGUAUAGCGAGACUAAAAAAGUACAUAUUGAAUGCUACUUGCAGCUAUCAGUUUCAGUCGAAGAUAUUUUCAAAAAGGAUAUAUUUUUUUUUAAGUUCCUGUUAAACUCUUCUAUAAGGGAAGAGCCAGUGAUUUUGUACAGCUCGCAAUUAUCAAGUCCAGACACGCGGAAUGACUACAAAAUAGAGGGCAACUACAUUGCCACCACACCUGAGUUGAUUACAUUCGAUGGGAAUGAGAGUUUCAUAAACUGUUAUCAAAUUACAGCCAAUAUUAAUUUUGACUCAAAAGAUAUCUUUAACCUUAAAGUUAGAUAUAAUACACUGAAGGAACAGCUAGAUUGCUUUGUCACUGACGCAUUACUUAUUGAGGGCGAUGUUGAAUGGUUUGUUGGCUUUGAAAAGUGGAGAACGUUUUGGGAAUUGGAAAUCUUAAAAGAGUUAAAAUAUGAUUAUGAUGCAUUUAAAGAAAACAGAAUAAUUAAAUCACUAAAAGCUUCAAUAGAUUUGAAUAAAAUCAACUCUCGUUUAAUAAAACUGUCAAUGGAAAAGACCGUUCUCGACAAAAUGUUGCGAUGUUUGAAUAAAGUGGGCAAGGGAGUUGCAGUAUGUAAUACAGAUAUGGAUGAAUACGUGAGAAAUCUGGUACCGAAGCAAUUAACUGUCCCUGUACAAUUACCAGGUUUUGAGCAAUUCUUUCGCGUACGGUUCCACCCGAUACAAACCGAGAAUACCACAUCAGACAAUACCAUGGUUACUCUAGGCUGUCCAAUUCAAUAUGUGGUAGUCGUGGAGAAUCUUAGUGAACAAUGGGGACAAGACGCCAUAAAUGAUGGCGGGUAUAUUCUUGAAAUAUUAAGCAGUAAUGAGUGGUUAAUCCAUGGGAAAAAACGAGGCGCGAUAAAAGAGAGACAAAUGGAGUUUGAAGUUUAUUUAAUUCCCUUGAGAAAGGGUUAUCUAACUUUUCCGCACGUUGAAGUGACGAAUAUAUAUGGUAAAACCUGUAGAGUUGAUCAUUCAAAUGCAUUUGAGUCGAUGUUAAUCUUUUAG